AAUUAAUGUUCGUAUUUUGAACCGUGUAACCCCUAACCCAAUUACGAUUAUGGUAUGGUUUGAUUAUAAACCCAAACCCUAUAGGUAUAGGAUUAGGGUUCUUUUUUAAAUCACAAACGUAACAGGCUACCGCACCGCCACGGCGCCACCCACUAAUAUACUCUCAGCCAAUUCAAUCAACGAACAAUUUUGCCGUCGAUCAGAAUGGCGGAGGAGAACGUGGCGAUGGAAUUAAAGCUAUACAAUACUAUGACGAAACAGAAGGAGGUAUUCAAAUCGAAGGAACCUGGAAAAGUUAGAAUGUACGUCUGUGGCGUUACGCCUUACACCUCCAGUCACAUCGGCCAUGCCCGCGCAUAUGUAGCCUUCGACGUUCUCUACCGGUAUCUAAAAUACUUAGGAUACGAUGUCGUAUACGUCCGCAACUUCACUGAUAUAGAUGAUAAAAUAAUAAAUGAGGCUAAAAAACGUGAAGAAAAUCAUGAUCCAAUUGCUCUGAGUUGUCAAUUCAGCCAAGAGUUUCUAAAAGACAUGGAUGAUCUCCAAGUCCUCCCACCGACUCAUCAGCCGCGUGUAACUGAGCAUAUGGACCAAAUUAAGGAUAUGAUUGCUAACAUAAUUUCUAAUGGAUAUGGAUACACAAUUGAUGGAGAUGUUUAUUUCUCGGUCGAUAGUUUUCCAGAGUACGGUAGAUUAUUAUCUGGUGGAAGAAAAUUAGAAGACAAUCGCGCUGGAGCAAGAAAAGGUGAAGUUGAUUUAAGAAAGCGAAACACUGCUGAUUUUGCCUUGUGGAAAGCUGCAAAAUCUGGUGAACCGCAUUGGGAUAGCCCCUGGGGUCCAGGAAGACCGGGUUGGCAUAUUGAGUGCAGCGCAAUGAGCGCGCACUAUUUAACACAUUCGUUUGAUAUACAUGGUGGUGGAAUGGACUUGAAAUUUCCUCACCAUGAAAAUGAGAUUGCUCAAAGUUGCGCGGCUUGCCCGGAGAGUAAUGUUAGUUAUUGGAUGCAUAAUGGUUUUGUUAAGGACAGAGAUGGUGAGAAGAUGUCGAAAUCAUUAGGGAAUUUCUUCACUAUACGUGAUGUUACUCGAUUGUACCAUCCCCUUGCAUUGAGGUACUUCUUAUUGGGGACUCACUACCGGUCUGAUGUUAAUUACUCAAUAUCACAGAUUGAAAUUGCUUCAGAUUCUGUGUUCUACAUUUAUCAGACCUUACGUGAUACUGAAGAAGCCUUAUUGUCAUCAGUUUUCCAACAAUUAAGAACUGAUGAAACAAUUAGGGACGUGGCGCGUGUUAGCUCUGAGGCAGAAAAAUGCAUCAAGAAGCUGCGUAAUGAGUUGGAGACAAAACUUGCGGAUGAUUUGCAUACACCUACAAUUUUAAAUGCUGCACUUCAGGAAGCCCUUGGACUUAUGAAUAGUUAUUUGAACAUGCUGAAGAAAAGGCAAAUGCAACAGCGCCAAGAACAGUUGUUUUUGUCCCUAACUGAGCUGGAGAAAGAAGUUAAGGCGGUGUUGGAUGUACUUGGAUUGCUCGCUGCUCGUUCAACUUAUGCUGAGGUUUUGCAACAGAUUAAAGAGAGAGCAUUGAAAAGAGCAGAGUUGACGGAGGAAGAUAUCUCGCGUGCAAUAGAGGAAAGAGCUCUGGCAAGGAAAAAUAAGGAGUUUGCACGAAGCGAUCAGAUUAGAAGUGAUUUGGUGGCCAAGGGGAUUGCUUUAAUGGAUAUAGGAAGAGAAACAGUUUGGAGGCCUUGUGUAAGACCUGGUCCCGGAGAGUAAUAUUCCCCUCACUCUGCUAAUGAUUUUAUGUUUAGGAUUUGUUGCUUCACCAUUAGAAUCUGCGUCUUAGGACUUCUUCUUUUUCUGCUGUUCUUGAUUCCUCUUUAGUAAUUCUGUUAGGAUUUUCAUUCUACAUUAGCAUUUUAUGUCGUUAAUUAAACUCUGAUGCUGUAAAAACUCAGGGCGUCUAUGAGAGAAGUAUUCAGUCUACAACUGCUGGGAUCAUUCAAGGUCUGAAUGCAAGCAACUGUCUUUGCUUAUGGAUGAAGAACAUUUGAACCUUUC